AUGGCUGGCAAAAUCGACAUUCGUCAAAUUAACCACGUAACGACCAUGGUGAAGGACACGGCCCGCGCCAUGGAGUUCUACAACAACCUGCUCGGCAUCAAGCAGAUCCAGAGCCAGGUAGACAACCCGGCAAUCACCUGGCUGCAGCUCGACAACGGCAUGAUGGUUCAUCUGAUUGAAACGGACGAAGCGCCCGCCAAGCCCGGCAAUAUUCACCACGCUUUUCAGGUGGACAACCUGGAAGACACCCAGGCGACGCUGGAAAGCAACGGAUUUGAGGUAUUGCGCGGCGGCAUCCGAUACGACGGACAGGCGUACUUCUUCAUUCAGGACCCAGACGGCAACAGCGUGGAAUUCUGCACGGCAUCCGGCUACGCUCCGGCGCCGCCGCGGCCGGCCUAA